AUGAGCAGUAACCGCCCAUUCUUCUCAAACUUCUGGGCCACUUUCCGUGCCCACUCUGCCACCUUACCAAAGUCAAAUGCAUCCAUCUCGACCACUUCCUCAGCCGCCGUAGCUGUUGCUUCUACACACUCCCAGACUGUCUGGUCAUCGACUCCAGCAAUAAAUCCUGCUCAAUCUUCUCCGACCUCCGCUUCGGCUCCUCGUGCCAUCAAUUCAAAGACGCCAUCUUCCAAUCAACCCACUACCACCCCCGCUAGGCGCAAUCGCAGAGGGUCAGACAGUAGUUCUGAAGGCGGCAUGGGCUACAGAGACGUUCUUGGAGCUGAGAAGUGGUACGUUGGCGGCAGGACCGCUGCAGGCGAAGAGAGAUUCUACAAGCUCAGCAUGGUACGCCGCGACACGAGUGCUGAUCGCCUCAGUGCUGACAGGCUGAGCCUCUGA